AUGUGUUGGAAGUUCUUGAUGUCUAGUAAAGCUGGUCAUAAUGCACCUGUAUUUGAGAAGUACCAGCAGAAAGCAAAGAACUUUAUGUGUUCACGUCUUGCAAAGGGUGACAGAAAUACCCAGAAAACUCCUGGAGGUCUCAUCUAUAGGCAAAGAUGGAACAAUAUGUAUUUUGUUACUAGUGUUGCAUUCCUUGGCACUACUUAUUCUGACUAUUUGGCCUUUGUUGGUAAAUACCUCAAGUGUUCUUCUGGUUCUGUUUCUCUGAAUGAGCUUCUCUCAUUCUCUAAGUCUCAGGUGGACUACAUUCUUGGUGACAACCCGAGAGCAACAAGUUACAUGGUGGGAUAUGGAAACAAUAACCCAAGUCAAGGAAAUGGAGUAUUCUUAGGUCAUAUUGUAUCUCACGAAGGAAUAAAGGCUGAUUUUCAAAAGAUAGAGGCCCUGAAUAAUUUUCCAAGACCUACAACCCCUAUGGAGAUCGAUAGUUUUCUUGGAUUGCCAGAUAAUUACAGAAGGUUCAUUGAAGGAUUCUCUUCCGUUGAUGCACCCUUAACAAAGCUAACACACAAAGAAACCAAGUUUCAGUGGAAUGAUGCAUGUGAAAGAAGCUUCCAAGAGCUGAAGAAUAAACUAAAUUUCUACACUUAUAGUGGUACUUCCAGAAGGCAUGGAACGCAUGGUAAAGUAAUAGUUUAUGGCUCAAGGAAGCUGCGGCCACAUGAACAAAUUUAUCCAACCCAUGAUCUAGAGCUAGCAGCAAUUGUAUUUGCAUUAAAGAUAUUGCACCACUACUUGUAUGGAGUUCAUGUUGACAUAUAUAUUGAUCAGAAGAGUUUGCAAUAUAUCUUUAAGCAAAAGGACCUGAAUCUGAGGCAUUCAAGGUUGCUUGAGUUAUUCAAAGAUUAUGACAUUGAUAUUUUGUAUCAUCUUGGGAAAGCAAAUGUGGUAGUCGUAAGACGAUUGCAAGAACUUAUGGGCAAUCCACUGGAAGACAAGAGAUAA